UCAUCAUCAAGUCACAUUGUUGUCACCAAUACUCUCGCGCAUGAAGAGUGACGCAGGAGCCGAUUAUAAGCUGCAGCCGGACAAACAUCAGCUUUUUCUAGAUAGCGGAUUGGGAGCCAGCACCAUUACGGCACGGUGGACACAGAUGGGUCCAGGACCAACGGCCGGCUCGUUGGUCCCGGACGACACCAACGGCUCGGGCGUCGAAGGCGGCAAGCAUUUGGACGUCGGCGACAUGAGUGACGACGAACAGGACCUCUCGUCGGCUGACGCCGAAGGCGUAUGGAGCCCGGACAUCGAACAGAGCUUCCAGGAAGCGCUUGCCAUCUACCCGCCGUGUGGCCGCCGGAAGAUCAUCCUCUCGGAGGAGGGAAAAAUGUAUGGUCGUAAUGAACUGAUAGCCCGCUACAUUAAACUCCGUACUGGCAAAACGAGAACUCGGAAACAGGUCAGCUCACACAUACAAGUAUUAGCCAGACGGAAGCUGCGUGAGUUUCAGGCUAAAAUGAAAGUGCAAUUCUGGCAGCCAGGGUUGCAGCCGAGCACAUCCCAGGACGUGAAGCCAUUCGCGCAACCCGGCUACCCGAUAAAAACCGCGACCACGGUGUCAGAGAGCGCUCUACAGCCAGCGCAUCCCUGGGAAGGACGGGCGAUCGCGACGCACAAGUUCCGUCUGGUGGAGUACAGUGCAUACCUGGAGCUGCGCGUGGAAGAUAAUUAUCACAAGCACCUGUUUGUGCACAUAGCCGAUACGCCGGCCCACCCGCUGUUGGAGUCGGUCGAAGUGAAGGAGAUUUACGAUAAGUUCCCGCAGAAGUCAGGUGGUUUGAAGGAGCUCUACGAGAAAGGGCCAAGCAAUGCAUUCUUCCUCGUGAAGUUCUGGGCCGACCUGAACACCAACAUCGCGAAUGAUGCUGGCGCGUUCUACGGUGUCAGUAGUCACUACGAAAGCAACGACAAUAUGGUGAUCACCUGCUCGACGAAAGUUUGCUCGUUCGGCAAGCAAGUGGUGGAGAAGGUGGAAACGGAAUAUUCCCGUGUCGAGAACGGGCGUUACGUGUACCGCAUCAGUCGGUCGCCCAUGUGCGACUACAUGAUCAACUUCAUCAACAAGCUCAAGCACCUUCCGGAGAAGUACAUGAUGAACAGUGUGCUCGAAAACUUCACCAUCCUCCAGGUUAUAUCCAACAAGGAUACGGAGGAAACACUGCUGUGUGUGGCAUUCGUGUUCGAAGUGUCUACCUCGGAGCACGGUGCCCAGCACCACAUCUACCGGCUGGUGAAGGAAUAGCUAGACUCCGGCAGCCCCUACGCGGACCAGACCAUUGUCAGCAGUAUGUUAAAUAAUCAUAGUCCUAUUGUUAGCAGUAGUUACAACAAUAAUAGCUAUAAGGAGAGGGAAGACAGCAGUAACACGAGCAGCGCCAUUCUCAGCAACACAAACAACGUACUGAACGAUACUGCUUGCAACAACGCUACUACAACUACUACUAGCGCUACCACCACCACCCUGUUCUUGCCAGUGAUCGACAUUCAGAUGGAGACACUUUAUCCCCAGCCUACGGCCGCCUGUUCUCCCCCGGCGCCGCCACCGCCGCCACCGGCGCCGGCUGUGGUUGCCACGCUGGGCAUUGCAGGGGUUGUGCCGACCACCGGUGCCCUACUCGAGAAGCCGGGAGUUGUAGUUGAGCCCGUCGUUGAACCAGACCAUCUGCACCAGGUCUCAACGGUCAUGGCUGCAGAAACGACCAACGACCUUGGUGAUGGUGCUGGUGCUCCUCGCCCAUCGUGCUUCGCCGAGGAGUCGCGGCCACACCAAAUGGGGAAGUGCGUCAAACAAGAACUGCUUGGCGAAGGGGGCGAUGUGAACGAUUACGCAGCCAUGAUCGCGAUCGUGACAACCGCUACGAAACACUCUGAGGACUGUUAGGACCACCAUCCAUGCCCCCUUCUAACCCGUUCGCAUUUCUUAUUUUAGUUUAAGCUAAUAGUGUUUGUCUGGCAGUUAAGAUACUCACGCAAACGACGACAGCAAGACGCGAAGGGAGACUGCGUUGAACUGUUCUUGAACUAGACGUAAAAUUAAGUAAAAUAACAAACAGUGCCUAUAUACACAUGAGGAAGCAAGCGGUACACUGGCAACUGUCGGCUAAAGUCAACAUUUGGCGGCUAGAGUCAGCAUUGGAAAGUGGUAUGCAUCCGGUGCAUAAUAACAAGUACUGUCACAAUAGAAUCCAUAAAUAUGUAGGUGAAAGGCGCCAUACAGCAGCUAAAGCGAUUCUAGUAAGGAAAAGUCCGCAAACCAUGAAAGUAUACGUCACGGUGUAUGUAGGACAAAGGACGCUAUCCCUAACACGCCGAUGACGACGGCGUACAUUGAGGAAGUUUUCGUCAAAGUCAAAUCUCCUUUCCGACUCAUCAGAGCUGAACAGACGACGCAUCUGCGGGAUGAUCGGGAUGCUUGUGUGUUGAGGUGCGCCUCUCAUAUUUCAUUUCGUGAAGCAAACGAAUGUGUUUUGUGCAAUGUGCUGGAUGUGAAACUAAGAAGCUGCUGAGCAGUUUCAGAUUUCCUCACUUUUGCCUUUUUUCGUUUUCAGCGCCCCAUUUGGUAACGUUGCUAUCUGGCUAUGAAUAAAUUAGGUGGUUCCAGAAAGUUAGUUCAAGCAGGUGGAGAUGGGUGGUUCCAGAAAGUUAGUCCAGAAAGUUAGUUCAACCAACCAGGUGCCCUAGACGUCAGCAGGUUUUCUAUUUCUUUUUGUAAUCAAACAUUGCAGCACUGCAUCAGACUUGCACCAUCUUUUCGUUGUUUUGAGCUUUUUGUUAGGAAAGUUUGAUUUGAUUUGUUGCUUUUGGUGUUAACAUCAGUUUUGAUAGGAAGCUGGUUUUUCUAUCAUCGUGCGGCAUAAAUGUAUCGGUAUGAAACUUCUUUUCUUAUCUGUUACAUCAGUCAUAGAGCCGUAUUAUCACCAAUUGAUAUUUUUUGUCGCUUUCGAGCUGUGGUACAAUACUAUUAGUAAAUUUAUGUGUCGAGGACGAAUGCUGUGGUACAAUACUACUUGGUUGUAUACUAAGUUUUGACGUUCGAUUCCAAAGGGCGCAGCUAUGAGCCUAAUUUUGUUGGUUAUAUUGGUACAAUCUUCAAAUGAACGUUUCAUGUGAAGUUUCAUUUCAAUCGGUCACUAAAUUUUUUUUUUACAAGUCAUUUAGUAUCGGCAUGUCACAGUAUUUUUUACAAUGAGAAAAAUCAAAUAUCGUGCAGUGACUUUAUUUUUAUUUUUGGAAGGUUUAAAAGCAAAGGAGAUUUAUAAAUGAACUAGCAGGUCCCUGCGAGCUUCGCCACGCCUCAUUUCAUUCCCAUUUCUCGGCCCAGACGAAGGCCCAGACGAAGUGUAACGUAAUGUUUUUGGCAUUUCAGUUUAAUGCCAAACUGCUGCGCUUCUGUCAAAACGUUUAUGCACAACCAACCACAAAUCCGACCACAGAACCCGUUAGUAAACGCUUUGUUUACACACAGAGGAUAAUAUAAGUUCUUAUUUGUUGGUGUAGCAACAAAAUCGAAAAAAACAGAAAAAAAAUAUUCAGAAUCAAUUUAUUUCUCUUCUAUUUCUGUUUUCUCGGACCAAAAACACGAAUGUAAAUACUUUUGACAUUUUGUUUUUAUAUUUUUGCUGCCACACGAAGCGUAAACGAUUUGGCAUUACAAAAUAAUUUUACGCUAGUUUUUACGCUUCGUGUGGCUUCAGCUAAAUGAGCUUAGAUUUUGUAUGGGAGCCCUCCUUUGUAAAGAGGAAAGGGGUUUCAAACAUUCACCAGAACAAUUCCUCACCGUUAAAACCCUGCCUGCCGAAAACUACGCUGUGCAAAAUCUCAAGCGGAUUGGUUCAGUAGUUUUGGAGAAAAAGGGGUACAGACAGACAGACAAACAACCAUUGAAAUUAGUGAAAAUUAGUGACAAAAGACCUGGUUUGAAGAAGAAAAACAUCCUCUUUCCUCCAUCCCAUCCUCGAACGUAAAAACUUAUUAUACAACCUACUGUUAGUAAAUUUAUGUGUCGAGGACGAAUGCUCUACGGACGAAUCGGUAUUGAUAAGCAGUUCUUUGCAAGCAGUUCGAGCAGUUCUUACUUCAUAGACAAAGUUUGCGGAGUUUUAAUGAUUGUUGUUUUAAGAAACCCGACCAAUGAAUUUCGAGCUCAACAAAAGUCGGAAACUGUCGGAAAUGCCAACGUGCGCUGUUUUGCAGUUUGUGUUAAUUUAGGCGUUUAAUCCUAACAAUAUAUACACAAGAGGUGAUGGAAUCUCCCCUUGUUCAUAUUGUCACAGUGAUUUUUUCUUAACGCUUGCGGUCAUAAGGUUGUGUUUAGUGGAAGGUCGUAGAACAACAAGCGGCCAGGUAGUAUAACGGGGAUGAGGAAAAUUGCAGUGUGUGUUUGUACACCUAUGUGUCAAUUGCUAAAGGUGUGUGUGUUUGUAUUUUUUAUUCUCUUUUAAAUUCAUCGUGUUUUCGUUUUUGUAAUCAUUAUUAAACACACCAAUCAAAAAUAACUCAUUUUGAUCUCCCUUAGUUAGUCAUGUGAGAUAAUUAUUUUAAACAAAAUAAAAAAAGCUGACCGCGAGAAGAGCGUGCUCAAGAACGUUUACUCCGAACAUGUGGACCUGUGGCGCUCGAAGUUGAAGCUGUUUAGUGGUAGCAUUUCGUAAGAACGCGAACUUAUCGAGAGUUUGAUUGAGUUUUUCGGUAAAGAUUCCAGCCGUUUACAUCCGUUCGCACUACUAGAGGAAAAACAAAGAAAUAAAAGAGAAAAGAGAAAUAGAGAGAGAAUGAAAGAGAUAGAUAGAGAGAGAGAGAAAAGAGAGAGAGAGAGAGAGAGAAAAGAGAAAGAAAGAAAGAAAGGAAGAAAGAAGAAAGAAAGAAAGAAAGAAAGAAAGAAAGAAAGAAAGAAAGAAAGAAGGAGAGAAAGAAAGAAAGAAAGAAAGAAUGAUGGCCCCUGAAACGUACAUUACGGUCUUCUGUGAAAACCGCUCUGCUCUUCAGUUUUUAUUGCUUUGUAAUUAAAAUUUACUGCUUUCCUUGUUUUUAAUUUUUCGAAAACAUUCGCCUAUUUUGAGUAAAGGUGAACUCUUGUAUGACCUGACUCCUUACCGUUGUUUCCUCGCGGGUGCCCCAUGUCGGCUCGUUCACAUAUGCUACUGCUGAACUAAAAUAGUGCGAUUCCAUGGGGACUAAGUGAGGGGCGGUGUUCGGCUGGCAAUAUAUUCAUGUACGGGGUGUGUGUUUUUAGUAGUUGCAAUACGCGUUUUACAUGUGCAGAAAAGAGGGUUGUGUGUAAAAACAAUUUAAAUCGUUCGCGGACGUAGGUACGAGAAACGCGCGCACACAAGGCCACAUGGGAGGGAGUUCUUGUGCAGCAUAUUGUCCCCCAUUUAAUGAAAUGUAAAUAUUUGAAUGAUCGAGGCCUAGCUGGGAAGAUGUUUAAGGAACGAGAAAACUGAGACCCGAGAAUCAACUGUAAGGAAUUGAAUUGAUCCUGAGAAUUGAGAAAUUGAACACUGUUUAGUAUAGUAGAGCAGAAGUAUAUUAAUUUAAGGAUCCCCCUAAGACGAGAAGGGGAGUCUACAUACAACAUUAUAGUUAAAGCUAAAUUGCAUACAACGCAGCGUUUGAUGUGCUAUGCUAUACUAAAGUAAUUAAUGCAACGAGCGAGAUUCAUACAGUAAAUGUGAGUGUAGCACUGUAAGGUAUCGGAAAAUGACAUUGAAAGUUGUGCGCGGCGCUGUGGUCAGACUUUAUGGAAACACGAUACUGACAGAGGAUGCCUUUGCCGGUUUAGCAAGACGCGUGCGUAUCAUCACGACACAGUAAGGAAGGGUCGACCAGAAACAGUUUAUUUUAGGUUCCAACGACACAUUUGUGAACGUUAAAUAUUUACAAGAAAAUGUCUGUGUUGUUUUUUAUGUGGCAACUACAACCAAUCAUAGCGCUGUUUUUAGUUCAACAGUAACGUUAGAUAAUUCGCCGAGCUAAAUUCGAGUUCCAGGACUAGUGUUUAAGUUCCAUGAUUUAAGGAAAACAAAAAAAAACAUACAAAUCGGAACGAUACACUACAAACGCUGUAGCUUGUAACGAUGUGCGCCAUGCUAAAAAACGAUAUUUUUAAAAUGCAAUCGAUCGAGACUACCAUCCAUAGGACUACCGUAAAACAUUAUACCGACAUACAUACGAACAACAAACACGCAUGCCAAAGGUAUGUAGAAGGAUGCGGGCAACGUACUAUACCAGGUGUAAAAGUUAAUAUUGUUCGGAUUUUUAGAUCAAGGAAACAGAUCACUUUCAGGCGUAGGGUAAAAUAUUGGUACAUUCGAAGUGAUCCCUGUUAGAUGCUACACAUUUCACCACUCUCCGGCAAACUGUUUACUCCAACGAAACCUUUUUUCGUCAAAAACUAUUCCUUAACCCAUUUCUCGACAUCUUAAUGUUUGGCGUAAUGAUGCUCUGAAAGGCAUGUCCCAUUGAAGCCAGAAGGUGAUAAUCUGAUGGCGUCAGGUCUGCAGAAUGGCAAUAACAUAUUUUUGAACUUUAAUACCAAAUGGAAAAGAAAUACUUUGUUAGUAACAUCUACAACAUCAUCCUGACAAUUUCAACUUCUACACCUAGUACAUCUGUACAUCUGGUUAGAACCUCCGGAUGCAAGACGAGCACUAAUAAUUUGCAGUCACAUACACACAUACACAGACAGACAUAUUACAGUAUAUUCACUCUAUUUGUCUCACGCAACAAUACUAAGAAUUUACCAUUGAUCAACUGUACAACGAGAUAGCAAGGAAAAAAAACUUUUCCGGAAACCAGAAAAAAGAAAGCCAUGCAUUACGACUACAUAGCAUAGAAAAAUAGAUGGGAUCUAUCCAUCUGACGAAAUUUUGCGUGUUAUGUACAUAGAGAAUAAACAUGCAACUUAAUUUACGAAAGCUGGUUGCUUUAAAGAAAAAGCCCAAUUAAGAUAAUUAUUUAACACACACAAACAUAUACGAUAUGAUCUUUGGACACAUAAGAAAAGCUUCGGACGCAACACGAACGAUCACUCAAAUGUGGUCUUACAUUUGUAAAAACAGAAAUUAAGAACUAUCGUUUAAGAGGAGGAGCGCCCAGCACAGACAGAGAAAAAGUAAUCCCGAUUCGUUUCAACUACCCAAAAGCAAUGUAUUAGAAUGCAGCAAUGUAGUGGGGAGAGAAAUGAAAAAAAAAAACAUGAAUUCAAAUAAAGCAACUAUGACAGUGUUUCAUGUUCGUGGUCAUAUUCCUGCACAAUACA